AUGAUUUUACUAUUUAUUUAUAUUGGAUUAGUGAUUUCUAAAGAAUUAGGAGCUUUACUUGAGACAGUAAAAAAUAAUGAAUAUAGUAUGUCUAUCUUAAAGUAAAUGAAAUAAUAUUUGAACGAGAAAAAAUGUAAUAAUAUGAUAAAUAUCAUUUAGCUCCAUAUGAAAUUCUUGUCUAUAUAAAUGAAGAAGAAGAUAAAUUAGUUUCUGAGAUAAUUGAUGAUAUGAACAACUAUCAAUAAGAAUAAUUAUUAAGUAGUUGGUUCUGUUGACAUAGGUUCAUAAAAAAAAUAAGAAUUAAAAUAUUAGAUGAUGUUAACUAAAUUUACAUCAGCAUUACAAGCAGAUGAAUUAUUAUUAUUAUCAAAUGAAGCCAAAUUAUCAGAAGAUAUCAGAAUGCAAAGAGUGGAUCUACUUUUAGAAUUAGGAUAAGUAAUACCACAAUUAGAACAAUUACUUAAAGAUGAAGUAUUAAUUGUAGUAUUAAUAAAUAAGUUAACAGCAUUUGAUUUAGAAAACAGUGAACUUGCCUUAUUUCUUGAAAGUUUCAAUGAGUUUAUUCCUUCUAGCCCUUAAAAAUUGAAUGGAUAGAAAUAACAUUUGAAAGAGAAUCCUGAAGCAAUUUUAAAAGAAUUUAUAACUACAAGCACUGAUGACUCACCUUUAAAUUUACUUAUAAGUAUAAUUAAUUACUUAAUUACAAGGUUAAAUUUAAUAAAAUUAGACAAAUGGAAAUAUUAAUGAUGCAGUAUCAAAAAGUAGAGAAUUAAUUAAUGAUAUAUAAAAGUCAUUAUAAUAAACAAUAAAAUCUAAGAAGGAUUUGAUUGAAAAUGUUAAAUAAAGUUUAACAUAAGACAAUGAAUAAUGGAAAUUAGAUGUUAUUAAAAUUUAUUAUUUAAAAAUUAGAUUGCUUCUAUUGAACCAAUAGCUAAGAUUACAAAAGAGAAAUUAGGUUAGUUAUAAAAAUAAAAAGAUGAAUUGUAAGUAAUGUUGAAACAUUAAUAAAUUGAAUUUAAUGAGUUGUAAGAGAACAUUGAUAAUUUUUAUGUAAAUAUUAUAUAAUUUAUAAAAAUAGACAUCAUAUUCAUCAAAGAGAUUAUAAGAUAUGAAUAAUUUAAAUAUAAUAAGAAUGAUUAAGUAGUUUUAUUCUGAGCAUUUAGAUGUUUUAGAAGAUUUUAUGAAAUCUAAAAUGUAAUGA